AUGAGUAUAUUGAAAGGUCGUAGUGCUAUAUUUGAUCUCUUCACUGAGUAUGAAGAUGAAUCAUCUCAAUCUGAGAUGGAAUCAAAUUUGGAAUUUAGUGGUUCUUGUAAUGACAAAACAAUGGCCUCCAAAGAUGAUGAAUUCAGUGGAUUUGAUGCUUGUGUAAAACUUCCUACUUUAGCAAGAAUGGCUCGAGACAUAUUAGCAGCUCCUUCUGAGGCAGCAUUUAGUGUUAGAGGAAGAGUGAUCGAUGAAUCUCGUGCUUCUAUGCUUCCAGAAACUGUAAAGGCUUUGAAAUGCCAAGGAUCUAUUUCACACUAUACGGGUAAGGAGGUUUUCUGGAGCUCUUGGAAUAACAGGGGAAGUGGAGAAGAUAUUCCGUGGCUGGUCAUUGGGGAUCUUAAUGAAAUAUUGGGCCCUUUUGAGAGGGAGGGUGGUGCCUUAUGGAAUCCUAACCGCAGGCACUACCUGCGUUCUUUCAUGAACAUAAACUCCCUCCUUGACAUUGGUUAUAAGGGCCAACGUUUCACAUGGGCUCGAAAACAGGGAGACACUAUUGUAUUACAGGAAAGACUUGAUCGCUGUCUAGUAGAUAAGAAUUGGUUAUUGGGCUGGCCUGAGACAAACCUCACCCAUCUUACGAGAAUUGGAUUGGACCACAGUCCCAUCCUUUUUAAUACUAAUCCUAUUUUGCAGAGACCCAAGGCUGGUUUCAAAUUUGAAGCCUCUUGGGUGGAUGAGGUUGAGACGGCACCUAUUAUUGAGCAAUGUUGGUUGUCAAAUCUUUUUUGUCCAAAUGUCACUACCUGGACAACAAAUCUUACUAGGUGCAAAAAUGGUCUGCGAAGCUGGAGUAAAAAUAAGUUCCCUCAGAGCAAUAAGGUGGAAAUAAAAAAGUGUAUCGAGGAAUUGGAGGAACUACAACAACACAACCCAUUUGAUAGUAGUGAACAGCAACAAAAUCUAUCAAAAAAAUUGGGGUCCCUCUGGCUUAGGGAGGAAAAAUAUUGGCAUCAGCGAUCUAGAGUAAAGUGGCUGACUUCCGACGACUCUAACUCCAGAUUUUUCCACCUAUCCACUCUCCAUAGGAGGCAAAGAAAUAGAAUACUGAAGAUACAGAAUGAUGAUGAUGUCUGGGUGAUUGGGGAGAAUCUUAUCAGAAUGGAAUUCGAGGCACAAUUCAGGAAAGUCUUUACUAGUUCAGGAAAUCGGGAAUGGGGGAACACUCUCUCUGGUGUCACUCCGUUGGUUAAUCCCGAGAUGAAUAGGGAUCUCUCUGCCCCUUUUUCGCUUGAAGAUGUGAAAGAAGCAGCUCAGCAAUUAGGUGCCUUAAAGGCCCCGGGGCCAGAUGGUUUCGCCGGCCUCUUUUACCACAAGUACUGGAGGAUUGUAAAGGAUGUGAUAUGGGAAACUUCUAAGGAUUUCAGCAAUGGUUGUGCUCGUUUACAUGAACUCAACCGGACCCAUAUUGUGCUGAUCCCCAAGAAUGCCUUUGUACCUGAGAGACAUAUACAAGAUAAUAUUUUCCUGGCGCACGAGUCCUACCACUAUCUCAAGUUGAAAAGGGAAGGUGAUAACAACGAAUUGGGGCUGAAAUUGGACAUGAAUAAAGCUUACGAUAUGGUGGAAUGGGAUUUCCUACAAGCUGCUCUCUUAAGAUUUGGUUUCAAGAGAAGUUGGGUGAAACUCAUUAUGGCCUGUGUCACAACUGCUACACUAUUGAACUGUUGGCAACUCAAAAAGAUCUUCCACGAGUACUGCAAUGCCUCGGGUCAACUGAUGAACAAGGCAAAGUCUAGCAUCUACUUCACCCCUAACACUUCCCCUCAAAUGGCUUCACUGAUGUGCGAACUACUUGGUUUUGUUGAAGUAGACAACCCGGAAACUUACCUGGGAUUACCUACAAUUUGGGGGAAAUCUAAAAAGGAAGCACAGGUCUAUAUCAAGGAACGUGUUGACAAGAAGCUAGAGGGUUGGAAACAGCGUUCUCUGUCCCUGGCGGGUAGAGAAGUCCUUAUAAAGUCAGUGGCAAUGGCUAUUCCCACUUAUCCCAUGGUACUCAAGGCCAGGUAUUUUCCUGAUUGUAGUUUCUUUGAAGCCUUUAAGGGUUAUAGGGCAUCAUGGGGCUGGUCGAGUCUCCUGGAGGCUAGAGAUAAAAUUUUCGAUGGUUUUCACUGGCAAGUCAUCAAUGGCUACUCCAUUAACAUUUGGAGCGACAAGUGGAUCCCUCCCCCGAACACCGGUAUGGUACAAACGACUGGCUUACCUUUGGGCAAUGCACCUAUGAAAGUGAAUUCGCUGAUUGAUUGGGAGAAUCGCACUUGGCAACUUGAUCGUAUUCUCCACCUCAUUCAACUAAGUGAGGUGAGUAGGAUUACUUCUAUACCUAUUGGGGACGGGGUUGGCAGUGAUAGAUUGAUUUGGCCUAUGUACAAAACUGGCCAUUAUUCUGUUGGGUCAGGGUACCACUGGCUUCAUCAAAAAUCAUCUACCCAUUAUGUUCCUAUUGAUAAGAGAGUUUGGCGUGCUGUAUGGAAGAUUGAUACUCUACCAAAGAUUGAUACUUUUUCUCUGUAUGGGCUCUUCUCAAUGAAGCCCUUCCUACAAUGUACAAUUUGCACAUAA